AUGGAUGAAGCUGAAGCUCGCAUGGUUGUGCGCCGCUGCAAGUCCUUCACCAUCAUGAACAACGAGCUCUACAAGCGCAGCAUCUCCAGAGUGUUCCAGCGAUGCGUCACCCCAGAGGAAGGUCGCCAAAUCCUGCGCGACAUCCACGCAGGGGACUGCGGACACCAUGCGGGUGCUCUCUCAAUCGUGGCGAAAGCCUUUCAGCACGGCUUCUAUUGGCCUACAGCUCACUCCGACGCAGUCGACCUCGUUCGCGCAUGCGGCGGGUGCCAGAAGUAUGCGAGUCAAUCGCACAUGCCGGGCUUGGCACUAAAAACCAUACCUCUCACCUAG